UAUACACCAAGCUCUUCUGACUUGACUCAAAAUUUUGUGUACCUACCUAAUAUAAUCUUGGGAAGGAUCAAGCCCAAAACUGCUCCUGGAACCAUGUAUUAUUGCCCAUGAAGAUACACCACAGUCGUGGCAUCCUUAGUCAUCCUGGGAUUCUUCCUUCAAGAGAAUAAAGCAGAGCACAUUGAUAACAACACAUCAUUGAAUGAAAAGAAGAAAAUGAUGUUGCAGACAGUUCAGGAACAAGUCAGCUCUGAAAUCAAGAACCACUCAAAAGACUUCAAGGAAAUGCAGAAAUGGUCCCCUCUACUCCAACAUGCCAGCUACGCACUCUUAGCUGGAGCCUCUCCCCAGGAAAAGAAGCUGCUGACAGUGGGGAUCUCUUCAGUGCUGCGUCCCUACAGGAGCUACCUCUUGGACACCCUGCAGUCACUAUUCCAAGCUUCCUCACAAUAUGACCUGGACUACAUCCUGGUACUAGUCCUCCUGUCAGACACUGAGCCUGCAGGGCUCAAUGAAACAGUUGCCAGAAUUUCGCAUCUCUUCAUGACACACAUUGAAGCUGGAAGGUUGCUGGUAGUACAUGGUCUUCUUGAUGACCCUCUUGUGAAGAAUAGAAAUCACUUCUCACCCUGUGGAGAGCUUUAUUCCAGACAGAAAACAGAUUCUGCCCUCCUUAUGAACUUUGCCCACAACCUCUCUGACUACUUCUUGUUGCUGGAAGAUAAUGUUCUAACCACCCCUAGGUUUGUGUCUGCCAUCUACUGGGCAUUAUCAGCCUGGGAAGCGUUCCCUUGGGUGAUCCUGGAGUUCUCUAGCCUGAGAAGCUCUGGGAAGGUUUUCCAUACAAGAGACCUCUCCCAUCUCACCUCCUUCUUCCUCCUCUUCCCCAAGGACACUCCCACUCACUCGCUCCUCUCUGAAUCCCAUCUUCUUUUGAAUCAAAAUGUUCCAAUUCACUUCAGUUUCUCCAUCUUCCACCACAUGGGCAGUUAUUCUGAGUUGGAGGACACGUGCUUUCCCAUGGAGAAGGACAUGGUCUUUGGAGAACCAAACAAUCCUGCUGCCACCAUCUUUACCAACAUGAUCUCAUUGUGGAAUACUGCUCCACAGUAUGCCUACAUUCUCAACGAUGACUGCUUCUGGGUCAUUGAGCCUGAAAAAGACAACUAUGUAUUGGUGAUUCUAGAUAGGCCCCAGAAAAUCAUCCGGAUAGCAGUACUGACAGGAUCUGAUCACAGAAGGAUGAACCACCUACAGCACCGGCAAGUACUACUGGGCUAUAGCCUCAUGGAUUACCCCAAACGCUGUGCCCACUAUACCUUGGUAGGGCCAUUGGUGAGAGGUCAUUUAGACCAGAGGGUAUUUUAUGAAGAAGAUUCUGUGAAGAAGAUGAGUUGUAUGAAACUUUUGGUGUCAGCACCUCAAGAUUCUUCACUUUUAAUCAGACAUAUCAAAGUCUGGACAGAGCAGGAAGAAGAGGAGAGUUAGAGGGCACAAUGAGGUUUCUACAAGGAUUGGGUUUAGGAAGGCAAU